CUUCUCACUGCGUACGAAUCGGAGGGCGCUUGUGGCCUCUAUGGGGGCGGCUCAGAGACCGAACCCGGAAGCGAAGGCGUCAGUGGCAGCGUCAGGCGGUGCCGUGGUUCGGUUCGGGAGCGCGUCUGAGGCGGGAACGCGAGAGAGGCUUGGAGAAAAGAAGAUAUGUUCAACUUUUUCCGAAAAAGCCAGGACUCUAAGAAGGUGCCAUUGCCAGAAAUAGAAGCAGAUGGAUUUGUUCUUGUGGGUGAUACAAUUAAUGAACAGAGAAGAGCAUCUAAAGAUAAAAAUUCAUUUCCUGAGACAGGACCUACAUACAAUCAACUUGUUCAGCCAAAUACAGAAAAACAUUCACAUUUGACUGUGGUGGGUGCUGAGGAGGGAAAUGAGACAAGUCAACGUUUGGAAAACAAUCAUUUCAUGUCAGAGCUCCUCAGUGAUGUACCCUUCACCCUAGCAGCCCAUGUGCUAGCAGUACAGAACACCUCUAAUGGCCUUCCAGACCAGCUGCUCUCCUACAACAUCAAUGAUAAUUUAUCAAGAUUUUGGUAUGAUUUUACACUUGAAAAUUCAGUGCUUUGUGAUUUGUAAUAUGUCUUUAUCUUUCUGUCCCUUUGAAUGUGCACCUUGACAACUUGAAGAUAAUUACACAAAUAUUUUGUUUUGUAACUUAACUGCUUAAAUGUUCUUGUGGUAUGCCAUCUAUAUAACACGUGCAUAAAAACUAAAAUAAUUAAGGAAUAAAGCACAGUAUGAGAUUUUAACAUAUCAUCUUACAUUACACUUAAGUAACUAAUCUGAAAUGCUGAAUUUGUUCUUAAAAUAGUCAAGCAGAACUAUUAGUUUUGCUUAAUCCUGUGUAAGAGAUCCAUCUGUUAAUACAUUAAUUGGUGACUGUCAAUAAGUGGACUGUAAAUGCACACAUUUCAUUAUUCUUACCUCUGAUGUCAUGGACUUAUGCAGCAUUUGAUAUUUUACUCUGAUGCCACAAAUGCAAAGCCUGUUGUGCAUAUUUCUUUUUAGACUAUCUUUGCUUUUUCCAGGAAUGGAAAUGUAUGCUGAUCGUAAAUAAAAUCAUGCUAUUUUGCAUUAUAAUAGGCAACCGAUGCUCCAGUCUCAAAUGCCACUUUUUAAACUUCUGAAGAAAGUUUACAGGUUUAACUUUGUUAGUAUGAUUGAGUAGAUUUUACCACACUCAAAAUGCAAAGCUAGUCAGCUUCUCCUUUUUCCAGUAGACCUUGCUGUUCAUCUUACCAUGUCACUUCGGUCUCUCUCUCUCUCUGUCUUUCUCAAGAGUUUUCUCUCUAACUGCCCUGCAUUUGCUGUUUUUUCUCAUUGCCACAUGUGUUCCUGGUUUAUGCCUAGAUCAGUUUUUCCUUUUUAACCUUUGUGCCCCCAAAGAAAGAAAUCUCAGGAUAUGUACUUUUAAUGGUCAUACCCUUGUUUUUUUAAUUGUGGCCCAAAGAUACAGAUGGCAGUGUUUAACUACUACAAAACAUUAUAUUGUUCCAUACCUAAACAUUCAUUUCAAGCCUUUUAUAUGCAUAUUUUAUUAUAGCUAAAACCUAACUAAAUUGCUGUUGCCCAAUGAAUUGCUCACUGAAGUCUUUUGUGAUGUGUGUGAAUAAUUUUCUGUGCCAUAUGCAAGAUAAAAUUUGUUUUGACUAUCAGUAAAAAGUAUACAUACUGUGCCAACUGUAAGUGGGUAUUUUCAUAAGAAAUGUGUGACAUAGGAUAUUUAAAAACAUACAUACAGAUUUUCAGAUUUAUGUGCUUUUAAGAUGUUUGGGAUAAUAAAUACCACAAAUGAUAGAGAAGCUAUGUUGUAAUUACAUUUUGAUUUGUUAAAAUGAUCCUGUUUUCUCAGAUUUUUUUCUGGAAAACCUAUGCAUUUCAUUAGUUUGUUUGCAGUCUAUAUCUGUUAAGUUUAUAAAUAUGCUUUGAGCUACCUGUUUUCAGGGAAAGUAUCCAUAUUGCACUUAAAUAAAAGCUGUGAUUACAUAAUAUGUUAACAUGGGGGGGGGGCUUUCUUUUUAAACAUAUAAGAGAAUGCCAUUAUUAUCUAAUGCUUAUAUAUAUAUUACUGUCAGGAUUCUCCCAACAAUAGGGGGGAUACUGAAUAAGUUUAGAUAACCAAGAGAAUUUUCAGUGUCACUAAUAAAUAUAUGGGAUAUGACCCUCUUUUUUUUUUUUUAAACAAAAUGGAGUUUCACAUAAGGGACAUUAUUCAUAAUCUAGUUUAUACUAUAUUUUCUAUGUUUGUGCCCAUAGAGUGCAGUGGCACAUCUGGUAGUGAGGACACUGUAUUCCGAGGUUACCUUUUGUGAUCCAAGAAGUGCUAAGAUUUUGCACAGAGGGAAAACAGAUUUUUAAUAAGUUGGUUAGAACCUAUUUCUGUGCUGAAUUCCCUGGCUAGUGGGGAUGUUAAUUAAGUUCUGGUUUUCAAUGCUAAACUCAAUUCUCAUGUUUCUUUUGCAUUUAACCUUUAAACUUUUACCUAUUUUGAAAAUGGCAUAUUCCUGUUCAGAUUGUUUUUCAUCCCAUAACUGAUAUUUGUCCCCAGCUCAGCCAUUCCAAGAGCAGAAUUGCAAAACAGAGAUGAGUGUCCAACAAACCCACAGAACUGGUUCUUUCCACAUUAGUAGACUUGUAAAUACACUUCUUCCACUCACCUAUAAGAUAUUUUAUUAAAUUAAAACAUACCUUACUAGAAUCCUGCUCUCAAAUGCUCACAGACCAAUAAGCCUCUAUAUGCAUAGUAAAAGAGCAAAUGAGCACAGGAGAGGAAAGUACACAACCACGACAUGAAAUACAGUUAGUAGGUCAAACAUUUCACCUACAGCCAUAACAGUAUCUCUUUGGAAGGGUAAAAUUUACAUACAACAAACCUGCUAGCAAUAUUCCUCAUCAUUACCCUCUCUCUAAAAAGCCUAAGGGCUCAAAUCACUCUCUUGCUUGACGUGAUCCAUAAAGAGCGUAUACAGAAUCCUAAUGGUAUCCAGAUAGUCAAAGUGAAUUUUCCCAGUGGGAGAUGAAAAAUACACCCCCAAAAAAAUCUAUUAGGAAAUAAUUCAAUUUAUGUGCAUUAGCUCCUGAGCACUUGUCCACUGCUAACAUUAUGACGACAUUACAUCAUUAGAAAAUUAAAGGCUUUAGAAUAUAGCUGUUUCCAUUCAAACCUUAGUCUGAAGAGAGUGAUACGUAUUUAUGUAUGUGUUUAAUGACCAUAUGUGUUAAAUGGUUAGUAGAUGGAUGUAUAUACAUUGGAAUACAUUUGUAUUUGUCACUGGUUUGUCAAUUUAACAAAUACCGAACUGUUUAUACAGUGUGGCUUGAAUAUUUAUUUGGCCAUAAAUGAAGAAAUUUAAUUUAAAGCAGCAUACAAAAAUAAUCAUUUUAAUCAUUUCUAAGCAGAGAUGGUUAAUAUUAACAUUUUAAGUGUCAUAAGGUAUCAUAGUUGCUCUGUUACACGUUCAGUAUAAAAAAUUCUGGAACAAUUCAAAAUGAUGUUUUCUGUGUAUUAUGUAUCUGAGACAAUUUUUUGAUAGCUUUGAAUUUUUUCAGUUACAGUACAAAAUUGAGUUGUCAUCUCAAAAGCUAAUGUUUAUAGACAUUUAGGGUCUGAUCCUGUUUCAUUGGAGAAAAUGGAAGCUUUGCCAUUCACUUCAGUAGGUGCAGUAACAGGCCUUUAUUUUUUAAUAAACAGUUUACCCAGA